UCCCCCAGCUGCUUUUCUAAUGCAACAAAACACUGGAACUGGUGGAGAAGGAGAAAGAGACAGGCGACUGAAUACUUUGUAACUGGGUGUGCCUGAAUGCAUCAGCCUUUGGAUGUGAGCGUCUUCUCUUGAAACAGCCUUGUGAUAUCCUAGCUGCCUGUUCUCUCGGGAGGUCCCUUGGAAGAGCCUGUCCGUACGUCUGUCUGGGUGCCUGACGGGGCUGCCUUGCUUCCAGAUCUGAACCAUGUCCCACCCAUCCUGGCUGCCACCCAAGAGUACCAACGAGCCUGUUGGUCAUGUUACUGCAAGGAUGGAGACCACACACACCUUUGGGACUCCCAGUAUCUCGGUGUCCACCCAGCAGACACCAAAGAAGUUUGCGCCUGUUGUUGCCCCCAAGCCAAAGUACAACCCAUACAAGCAACCGGGAGGUGAUGGGGACUUCCUUCCUCCACCCCCACCUCCUGUGGAUGACCUCGGGAACAUCACAUCAUCACAAGGUGCCUUUCCCCCCCCACCCCCUCUGGAUGACGUUACUUUCAAUGUGCAGGUGAACCCGGGUGGCAAGACACUUGAGGAGAGGCGGUCCAGUUUAGAUGCAGAAAUCGACUCUCUGACCAGCAUCCUGGCCGACCUAGAGAGCAGCUCUCCUUACAAACCUCGAUCUCAACAGGGCCGCUACCAGGACCCCUACUACGGGGGGUACGGGGGGAGGAACGGCUCCGAAGCGCCCUACGUGCCACAGAGCACCUGGAAGGCCGAGCCAGCAUAUCCCACCAGUAACACUGUGGGCCAGGCUCCUCCCGGGCUCUACCAGCCGCCCGGCACGAAGAAGACCUACAUCACUGACCCGGUGCUGGCCCCGCAGCCGCCCGCGAUGCAGCAAAAGAGUGGGUAUCCAAGCUCUGGACCCACAUCAAGCACUCCUGCCUUCAGGCCUGAGGAUGAGUUGGAACAUCUGACCAAGAAAAUGCUGUAUGACAUGGAGAAUCCUCCCUCUGAUGACUACUUUGGCCGCUGUGCCCGCUGUGGGGAGAAUGUUGUUGGGGAAGGCACUGGCUGCACGGCCAUGGACCAGGUCUUCCACGUGGAGUGCUUCACCUGCAUGAUGUGCAACAACAAGCUGAGGGGACAGCCUUUCUACGCAGUGGAGAAGAAAGCCUACUGUGAACCCUGCUAUAUUAACACGCUGGAGCAAUGCAGCGUUUGCGCAAAGCCCAUCAUGGAAAGGAUCCUCCGAGCCACCGGGAAGGCCUACCAUCCCCACUGCUUCACCUGCGUGAUGUGCCAUCGCAGCCUGGAUGGGAUCCCCUUCACCGUGGAUGCCGGUGGGAACAUCCACUGCAUCGAGGAUUUCCAUAAGAAAUUCGCACCAAGAUGUUCAGUGUGUAAGGAGCCCAUCAUGCCGGCCCCAGGACAAGAGGAGACUGUACGCAUUGUCGCCUUGGAUCGUGACUUCCAUGUCCAGUGCUACCGGUGUGAGGACUGUGGUGGCCUCCUGUCUGAAGGGGACAAUCAGGGCUGUUACCCUCUGGAUGGGCACAUCCUUUGCAAGACCUGCAACUCUGCUCGGAUCCAGGCUCUGACUGCCAAGGCCAGCACUGAUCUCUGAGUAUCAACUGUGACCCUCCCCAGGAUGCCCAUUGGGGGAUAUUGCACAAGCUUUGCAUGAUUUCUUUCCAGCCUAGGGUCUGAAUCUCUGUUUUUAAAAAAGAGUAAAACUGGAAGGCCUUGGAACAAGAGGGCAGUUCGAGAGGCCAUGUUCAGACUGCCCGUGACAGGCACCUGAUUUAGAUAUGACUUUUCAAGAGGGUGGUGAGUGAGUCAGACCACCUGCUGUCUCUGCAGCUGGUGGAGAUAACUGGUCACAGCACCUAAGUUAUCUGCCUGUAGAAGGAGGUCUGAACAUGGUCCUAACUAUAUUUCUGUGUUUGAUUCCUGUCUCUUAAGAAGUACAUGAAGGUAGAAGGUGAAAGAUGGCUGAGCUAGUUCUUUCUCCCACAUUAUUUUGAGAACCUGACCAGCUCUCAUUGAAGUUAUGGGGAGCUUUCCUUUGACUUUAAUAGGAUCUGGAUCACCAGCAGAAGUAGUUCCACUGCCCUAGAAGGUGUUGAGAGCAGACCCAGCACUCCUCUCAUCACAACACAAACAAUGCAACUUCAACUGUACUGCACCUAAGAGUGUAGGUGUGACCUUGUAUCCUUGGGGGACAGAUUUGUUAUCUGUAUCUUUUUUCUUAGGCCCUUACUUGUCUCCAUUGCCUUCCAGUUCAAUAGGGUUUUUUCUUUUUCUUAUGAAAUUAUAUUUUGCUAUUGCAUAAAUUUAUUCAGUAGUGAUGCUUCCAAUUCACAGUGUAUGAGCAAUCACAGAAAGAUGUGAGCUUGCACACACUAUACACUACACACACACUACACACACACACACACACACACACACACUGUGCUUUUUGAUUUACCAGAGGUAUAAGCCAAUCAUGUCCAUUGAAAAGGUCUUUUAAGGAUGUGGGGCUGGAAACACAUUUUUAAAAUCCCAGUGGUUAAAAAAAAAAAAAAAGACUACAUAGAACUGCAGUGCAAAGCAAUGCUCAAAAACAUCUUAUGCCACUCUCUCACACACCCCAAUCUAGUGGGACCACUGGCGAUGUUGGUUUCUGGGUAGACAUUUAAGCAAUAGAGUCUUGUUCCAUCUCCUGUUUAUUGCAAUAGGAGGAUUUUCCUUCAACUGUAACGGGGAUUGAAUCAAGCCUUGGGAUAAACAUUUCUCUGGUGUUAACAUGCAUGAUCUGGAGUUCUCAUUAAAAGAAUUAAGGAUCUUAAUUCAACAGCAGCAAAAAGGAUCCUCCUAAAUACAUGCUGUUGUUCAGUUUUUAUUUUAAGAAGGCUAAAGAAGGUAUUAAACCCUUCUCUAUGCCAUUCCAAAAAAGUAAGCAUUUUUUUUUUCCUUUUUCAUUUUCAUCCCAGCCACUUAUAACUUCUUUUUGGUGAAAUGUUGUUGCAGAAGAGUGCUGGGCCAGCAGCAGCAUUUUCAUCUUCUGUCCAGAAUUAAUACAUAUGCCAAGGUAAAUAAAAGCUGGGCACAGAUAAUCCAUUUUUUCUCAUGUUGGUGGGGUUUUUUAGUUUGGUUAAUUAAAAAAAAAAAAAAAAGAAAUCCACAGCAUUCUGAGCAGCUAUAAUAUUCUUGUUCAUGAAACCCAUAAUAACUAAGGUGCAAAUUACAUAGUGAGGGAGUAAUUUUCAUAUCACUGAAUUGACAUUAAUAUCUUAUUUGCAGAUGUAAUCAAAGAAAAUACCUUUCUUUGCACUUAACAAAUUAAGAAGCAGAACUGAAACAGUUGCAGGCUGAUUGACCGUAUAAGUGACAAACUGGCACUUUUCAAGAGUAAGUUAUAAGAAUUUUUUUCAUGCACCCACUGAAAAACAAUAAAUGUGGUGCUCUCAUCUUUAUUCUCUAUAACAGAAGCCUGAUAUAAUUAUACCCACUAAUGCUAAAAAGAAAAGUUAGAUGAGCUAGAUCAAUAGGAAACAAAGACGAAAAAUUGUGAGAUACUCACUGCAGCUCCUGCAAAUGGUGCAUUUCCUUUCAGUUUAGCACUAACCUUUAUGGAAGAGCACAGUGAAAUUUAAUAGCUUUAGCUGUAUACAGUAAAUUCAAAUACAGAAAUACCAGUCUGAAACCCCGGUUCCUUACACAGUUUAUAUGUUGGCAAACUGCACUGGUGUCAGGGAAGAUUCCCAAAAUUCACAGCUCAGAAUGAAUCCCUCUGUGCAGAAGGGUGGCAUCAUUAAGCAAAAGAAAUCGUUCUCCACCAUAGUGGCUGUGCUGAAGCAGUUUGCCUUUUUAUACUAGAUUUCUACCGCGGCCUUCAAGAAUUUUACUGCCUCAGACGUAAACAGAUUUUUUUUUUGCACCGUGAGUCCUGCCAGGUUCCAUCUGGGUUCCUGCUCCCUGAACUGUGGCACGUAAGGUACUUCUGAGCUCGCUUCUUUACGUGCAGUCUGCACCACCACCGAUCAAAAAAACCUCACUACUAUUGAGCAAAUCCAGUUUUAACUAACCCUACAAAAACACGGGAGGUCAGAGCUGGUAUUGCUAACACCAUUGUAUCUUUGUGGAGGAUUUUACAUCUCUGCAAGCAUAAGGAAGGACACGAUGCACUCAGAUGCAGAAUAAGCCAUUCAUCAGGCAGCAAACGUAGCUCUGAUCUUCCUUAUUCUUGUUAGUGUUAAAUCAAGUGGCUGAUGAGACUCUCCUGAGUAACACUGGGGUAAUUGAUGGAAACAAGCUAUUGUGCCUUCCUGCAAAAUGUGGCCUAGACUCUGGACCGAAGUCCAGAGCUUUUGGGCUUUUUAUGGCCCUGCCAUAGGCUGGACUUGGAGCAAGUCAUAUGGCUUCUUGUCUUCUGCCUUCUGCACGAGAGGGCUUCUUUCCAACUUCCCAGGGAUGUUAUGGGAAUUAAAGUAAUCACAGAUUGGCCCAAACUACUGAUUUUUGGAGUUCUGUCUUCUCUUUCCAGAAAAGUUUGCUGGUAUGUAGGUUUGGGAUUCCAGCCCGUUUCUAAGCUAAGGGCCAGCCAGGAGAUCUAGAUCUGAAUCCUUUGUGUUAUUAGGGUGCUGUGGUGAGUUGGGCUGGUGUGCAGGGAGGUGAGAGCCAAACUUUUCAAGUAUUAAGUACUCCAUGGAUGGAAGAUGUUGACAAAGAUUGAGCAGUGUUGAUAUUUGAGGCACUGUGGCUAAUUUCUAGACCUGACAUAUCUGGGCAAAGGUACUAUCAUGCUUUUGUUUUCACCCCUGAAACACCAAAGCCAUCUGCCUGUUGGAAGGAGCAAGCGUCCAAAACACUCUUCUUUAUUUUCUCUAAUGUGUGUGGUUUUGGCUUCUAAAAUUGCUAUAAAUAUAUUCGGAAGAUAUUGCAUAGAUGUAUAUACAUCACAGAGGCUCCCAUCAACCGCACGUGUAUGGAAAUCUCCCUUCUGAUGCUUCAGGAUUUAAUUAGGAAAUGCUGGUGGACUUAUCUCAAUUGCACUGCAAUUAAGAACCACUGGGAUAUUGCUUCAUCACAAUAUUUAUCACAUAUUUAUAAUAUAUCCUGUUCUAUCUGUUCCAAAGAAGGAGUCUUCUUGCCAAAGAGACCUAGCUUUUCUUAAGGUGCACUUCUUAGCCAUGAUAAAAAUUCACGUCAUCUGUGGCUGUGGUAAUGUCAAAACUGUUCCUUUCAGAAAGAAUUGGGAAUAUCACACAGACAUUUCUGUUCAAGUCUGCAGCGUUUUUGCUUAUGCUGCUUUGGCUUUGUGUAGUGUUUAUUGGCAAGUAGGGCCUGAUCCCAUGAUUUGUAUGGCCAGAUGGGGCCCAGGAGGGUCCAGGAUCAGGUUCUAAUUUAGCAAAAUAUUUAAGCCCAUGGGGUUUGUUUAAGGACAGGCUUUAAAGCCAUUGCGUGGUGUGACAUAAGCCAUGGGUCUACAGUCAUUAAUACCAGACUGAUUCUGUAUGACCCAGUCAUACAGAUCUUGGUAGGAUGUGGGCACGGUCAAAUUUCUGUCAAAUUACCCAGAACACAUGAAAUGGCUCCUGUGUCGCCCUUACGCCAACUGCAGGAGGGCAGCCGGUGGCUGAUCCAACAUAACAUUUGGACAACAGGAGGAUGAGUUAUUACAAGAUCAGUGCUUUGUGUCAGGUGGCUGUGGCACUUUCCAUAUGUCACAAGUAGCCCUACAGCCAGAUUUACUGUAUCUUUGAACCACGGCUUUAAAACUGUCUACUUAAACUUUCUCCAGAAGAUUGGGUUGCCUUGGUUACAGCCCAGUCCUUAAGCAUAUCCCCAAGGCUAACACUACUAUUUUGUGAAUGUGAUGAUUUUAUUGUCAUUUCUUUUAAUCAUCGCCUGUAUGUUGCUUUUAGAAACAGAAAGCAACACCAUUGCCCUAGCCUAUCAGAUAAUGCACCUUUGUUUUUGUUUUUUUAAUAUUUUAAUUCUUAGAUUUUUAUCAUGGCUGUGACACACUUGGGUAAUGACUUAAUCAUAGAGGUGUAGGAGUACCAAAGUGUUUAUCAGAAUGAACUUUACAUAAUAGGGUUCAUCCUGAUGGCAGGAGCGAGACUUUAAUGAGACACAGGCCUUAAGUUGACUUUCUGCCUAUCAGCAAAAUGUGCCUGAGAAGAAUGAGGAAAAAAGUGUCUUUUAAAGAAAUAGUGGUGGUUGAAGAGAACAUGCAACAAGUCACACUGAAAUCUCUUUGGACCUGUUACGGCUGCUGUCUGGCCAUGGUCAGCCAAGCCUAGCUUAGGUUUGAUAAAUGCUGGUUCCUUUUGAUUUUGAGAAAGUCCAGCAGACAAGGGAUAACAGGACCCAAGAGAAGGGCCUUGGGGGAAAUCCUGUGUCUUCACCCUCCUUCGGCAUCAGGGAGAAAUGUUAGACACCUGAUGCUUCAGCUGAAUGGCUCAGAAAGGAUUUGAGAUUGCAACUGUUUUCUGUUGACAUCUAGUUCCUGCAGUUGGUUCAUCAUGUUGAUUUACUAUUUGUUCACUGAGCUGGGUUGACUACACCUUAUAUAGACUUCGAUACUUUAAGUCAGGGCUAGCAGAGAGAGACGUGCUGAAGAAUCUCACUGUAGUGAAAUUCCCACGAGAAAACACUAGUGGUGGUAAUUGAGGGUUUGUUGCCAACUGAUAGCAGGAACUACUUAGUACUAUCUAGAGGUUAGUAAAGUAUAAACUGGUAGAGCUGUGAGAACACUAUUUCCAGUUAGAGCUGGUCACAAUUUUCACACUAAAUUACGUGAUGUCAGAAGGGCCAUUUUUUUAAUGAGAAAUUCUCACUUUUUGCAAUGUUCGCCACAACAGUUUCUUUUCUUGCUAUUAUAAUUAAAACCAUAUUGAAUUUUUAUCUAAAUAAAUUUCAGGAUUGUUAACAAAUAUUUUCAUUUUUCAAAAACCCAUGUUGUCUUUCUCAGUUUUUUGUAGUUCUUGGGUUUCUUCUGCUGGUAAAUUAAAGUUUCUUUGGCGAUUUUGAAAAGUUCCUUGGAUAAAAAUUCAAUUUAAAAACAAACACAUGUGUUCUUGGGAAAUGGUUCAAUAUUGGACCUGGUGAAAUAAAAAAAGCUUUGGAACUUUUCACAAAAUAUUUUUUCCCUACUUUUAACUAGUUUUGGUAACUUUGAAGUCACUGUUUCCAGAUAAUCCAGAUAAUGUGACUCUUCUUAAAACAACAGUGUUACUUCUGUUGGGUUCAUUUUUCUUUCCUAUCUUAAAGCCUGGCUGUGGAGAAUGCCAGGGUCUUCUACUGUGGCAAUUGCAAUUUUCUUCUUUCCCACCCACACCCCGAAAUUACUGAAGAAUGUAAGCACAUUAUGGCAACUGCCGUGAAGAUCAAGAGAUACUGACCGAACUUCACCUCCACGUAACCCUUCUGGCCUUGGGAAUGGCAUUUCUCCUUAAACAUUUCUAGAAAUAGUACCUGGCUUCCUCAGCAUUUCAAGUUUGAAUUUGCAACAGUCAAUUGCCCGACUGGCAUUUGGAGCAUGAGUGAGAGUCGACUUUAAACUGUUGAAAUUAUAACAUUCACCCAGCACCUAAAAAUCUAAGGAAAAAACCUUAACCUCAGCAGGUUUCCUUGUGGACGUUGGGGAACAGCUCUCAUUUCAGCUUGGUAAUUCUCUGCUGUGAUCUGAAAAAAAACAACUCAAACACUUGCAGACCUUUCUGGCAUAUGUACUCACCCGCACACGUAAGGUGGUUGUGGGGCUACAACUAAGUAGAAAUACAGGUUGCAAUAUUGAGCAUUGCUACUUAAACCCCACUGGGCUUUAUUCCUGGUUAUGUGUUCCCGGUCUGUUGGGCUUCACGUUACAUGUGGAAGCAAUGGGGUUGAUCACUGGUAUCAAGAGCACUCAGUUCAAACUUUUUUAAUUUUGGUGUUUGUCCACAUUUCUCAUCGUACCUAGACCUUUUAGAAAAUGAAGAAGGAAACGGAAGCCCCAGGUGGCAGCAUUACCUUUACAUUUCCAGGGGUUAGGGUCCCUUGCUGGGAACAUGACACUUGGGGUGUCUCUAUUUUUUGCCUCUGCCUCCCUUUGUCCGCAAGCAGCUCUCUUACCUGCUUUUUCCAUUUGCUCAACGUGCGCUCAUCUUUGUAGUAACGAUGGUAUGUUACUUACUUCACAGAGGUAUUGUCAGUCUUAGCUAGUAGUUGGAAAAACUUCCAGAUCUUUAAUCAAGUAGUUUUGUGCAUGCAUAGUAUCAGUGGCCUGCCACAUGGAUAUCAAAGGAAAUGAUUAUAAUUAUUGCUUUUAAAAUGAUUAUGAAAUUGUGCCUUACUUUUUCAGUCAUAUUUAACCAUGUAAUUUAGAACCACAUGAUUGCAGGGAUUUAUCAUGAAGAAAUUUGUUUGAAGGAUAGUUUGUUUGUUUUUAAAUAUUUUUUCUUCAAAAAUGAAUUUAUUAGUUUUUCCUUUUUUAUUUUUUCCUUCAGUUUUAUUCCUUUAAUAUGUUUGUGUAAAAGGGCAGCCAGAAUUUGCAUUCCUAAGAGACAGAAGAUUUUAUUUGGUCUUGUAUGUAGAGCUUUCAUUUUCUUUUAUGUUCCUUCAGGAAAAUUCUUCUCUGCCCGAUUACUCAUACUUAGAUGUCUUUAAAUGCAGGCUGACCAGUAAGGGGUUUUUGUUGUUGUUUAAUUUAGUGUGUGGUUUGCUUUGUGUUUUGUUUUGGGGUUUUUUUUGUAAUUAACCAGAUAUGGGGUACUGGGGAGGCAUUGCACAUUAAUGCAGAAUGUUAAUGCUAAUUUUCAUAGAAAAGACAAAAUUAGUCUUUCCCUGUCCCCAGUGCAGUUUUGUUACUGUUUUGUGUACAACACUAAUAUUAAGCCAGACCGUAAAGGCAAAAUACUCAGAGUGACCUACUUCCAUUCACCAGCAAGAACCCUUUGUCAGCUGACUCCUGUUUGUUUGUUCAUUUUUAAAUGUCGGAUUACAGAACGAGCAUCUCCUAAAGAUGAAAGAAAACAGUGUUUUCAUGUGCAGGAAAUUUGGGGUUGCAGUAACAGAACAUUUUCUUUGUGAAUUUGGAUGUCAUGGUGUUUUAAGCUCUUGCCUGGAGCCUAAAUCAAUUUGGCCUCUCAUCCAGUUCAUCUCGCUGGUGCUCCUAAAAGGCUGCAGCCCUGCAAAAGCUCAUGCAGCAUUUUUGGCUGCCUUCCCUUGCUCCCAUUUGGUACAUAUUUGCACAAUUUAACUGAGCUUUUCUUUCUGCUGAAGGUCAGAUGCAAGCGAUACGAAACACUAAACUUUAUAAACAAGCAAAGCCAUUUCAACCACAGCAUUUUGGACUAGAAUGGAUUUUUAGGUGGCGCACUGUCUGCUGGCCUUUGGAGAGGGGAUCCUGAGACUACAUUGGGCUGGAACAGGAUGCAAAGCCACAAGGCUUGGUUUUUUUAAUGAACUACUUACUGUAAUCCAGCUACAGUUUCAGCCUCACACUUCAGAAGAAGCUUCCAGCAGCAAUGCACGUACAGGCACUUUUUCUCUUGCAGAAAGUGAAACUUUCUCAACCAGAGUAAAUUUAACCUAUUGCAUAAGAUGCUGGAAGAUUUUUCUUUUUUUUUUCCUUGGGAUUCUCGCUCUAACCUCUAUGUGCAGAGGAUGAAUAGUUUUUCUUUUUCCCUUCUUUUUUUUUUUUUUUACAAGAUUAGAUGUUGCAUAUUGAUGAGCUAGCAUUUCAAAGGUCCGUGGGGCUUUGGAACAUAUUAAGAAUCUCUGAAGUUUAAUAUUCACCAUGUUUUAAAUAUUCAGAAGGAAAAGUCUGCAUAAAAUGGCUUUUGAUAAAUACGUUCUAGGGAUUCUUUCUUUCUAUCUUACGCAAGCGUUGUGGGGAUUGUGGCUGUGCCAGUUUUGUUCCAAAGUGUCUUUUGUUUCAGCAUUUCAGGACCAUUUUGAUCCCAUUUGUAUGCCCAGUGCUUGUCCUGAAGUCUUUUAUGGUUUCUACUGGAACUGUACAGCAGGCAGGUGGAUGUGACCAAGGCAAAAGCACAGCUGAGCAUCGUGACUCCUGAGUGUCUGCUUGAUUGCUCCCCUCCUUAUGACAGCUGGGCAUGUCCAGCCUCUCUGUGCCUGCUUUUUGUGAUGCAGGUUGGGGUUAGCUCAGUGGUCAGGCCUGGCUGAGAUCUUUCUGCAAAGGUGCUCCACACCAGUGGGCAUUUGAGAAUGGAGAGGGCAAGAUCCUGGGUGCAGGAGCAAAGCAAAGUGCCAUUCAGUGCAUCUCAGAUCUCAGAGGGCAGUUUCCCCUUCCUUAGAUGUCCCUCUUUGUUAAGAGUCUCAGCAGUAAGAGAAGUGCUUUUAGGAGAAAUCCCCCUUGGGGAUGCCCUAUUUCCCAUGCUGUUGAAAAUCCGAUUGAAGCUUUAGAUGAGGAGGAUCAGUUACGGGCUGCAAACACGCAGCUAUUUUACUGUAUGAUUAACUCUCUCGUUUGCCUUGCCCUUGAUGUCCCAUGGUACAUACCAUGGUGCGCGGGACAGCUUCUUUGGUCCUGCUCACACACAGCCUUGACUUUGUCGUGCCAGUCCCUGUUGAAUCAGCGCCUGGUUCUUGUUCUCAGGACUGCUCUGGCUUGGGCCAAGGGCGUCUUAUGCUCCUGUGCAAAAGGUGGUGCUUUCAGGUUUUGGUUUACAAAUACUGCAGCCCUUUCAAACUCACCUUUCCUCUCUCAUGUAUUCCUGACAGAAGUAGGAUUUUAAAUAUUUCAUAGCAUUCUUCUUUCUUCUUCCUUUUUGCCAGAUGCCUUGAAAACAUUGUCAGAUUACGAUCUGGUUGGGGGUUUUCAGGAUCAAUUUCCUUUCCUUCUUGAUUGCAUGGUGUAGGUUUGCAAUGAGGGGUUUUUCCUUUUUUUUCCCCUUCCCUUUUUUUUUCUUUUUUUCCCCUCUUUUUUUAGUCUUACAGAACAGAUGCCUUCAGUUUAUGCAGAGAAAGAUUGACUAUGAUUAGAGCUAAUCCAGGAUGGCAGGAUUGGACCCCCACAGUGAAAGCUAGAAAAGUGAUUGCAAAAGUAUUCUGUUUCUCCUUUAUUAAUUACACAGGAAGUUUCCAUCAAAGGCUCAUGUAGCACAACUGGCCUAUGUAAUAAGUAGCAGGGCCUGUAAUUACAGUCUUGUCUUCUGCUCCUAUCUGUGCCCUGACUUUCUAGGCACCGCAGUUCUAUUUACAUCUGUGUCUUUUAAAUUUUUGAUUGGUCACUAAGGAAAGAAAAGCACAAGCCGUGAGCCCUGUGGAGGUGCAGUAAGUCUAAAUGAGGGAGUCCUCCUCCUUCUCAGGCUAUCUGCCUGAUUUGGAACACAGAACAGAGCAUGGGGAACAGAGGGGAUUUUACCAGCCGUGCAGCGGAGUGGGCUGCAUGCCAACUGAGUAUCUUUCAAGAUCUUGGAGUCUUUGUAGGACUGGAAAUUGAACCUUUUAUAGGUCUUAACUAGUGUACUAUCGUGUGAGGGAGUUUAUAUAUCAGCAUUUCUUUGCUCCGAGCAGUUUCUACAGGAUUUGACCUUUCCUUUCUGUAAGAUUCAGGGGUUUAUGGUUGCAAAGAGAUCCUUCCACUUGUGGCAUGAGGAGGGAGAUGGCUUUUGGCAUCACGCAGAGAAGCUGGGCUACAAAUCCUGGUAUCGAUGUAAAGCAAGAGUAACUUGAGUGGAAGGGGGAAGGCAGUGAUUUACGCCUGGUUCAGUACCAGGUUCACCAGCUCUGAGCAGCAGCGAGCGCAGCUGCAGGCAGAUCAGCUCAGUAGGGUGUCAGUCUAGAGACCUGCAAUGAGUAAAUGGGCUCCUUGUGAAAGUGUUUGGUGCUGGUCACUCUGGCAGUAAUCUCUCAUCUCUUUGGAAACGUGCACUAAAGUUAGGGUAAAACUACAGAAUGGUGCCCCCCAGUCUUUUUCUUCAAGGCAUACUCCAAGUGCUAUGUUUGAUCAAGAGGAACGGAAGCCAUUGUGCAAAUACUAUACUCUAUGCAAAAAAUAUUAACAAUCCACUAUGGAUACUUUUAAUGUCCAUUAAACUGUUAUGCAAAUUGUCCUUUUUCUGCAGCUUGCACUGUAGUUAUUUUUGGUCUGACUUCUAUUUAAAAAAAACCCUCAAUUAU